AUGGCGAGCCCGAGCCUGGAGCCGCUCCUGGCGCUCGGCCUGCCACUGCUGCUGGCCCGCUGGGGCCGGGUCGGGGGGCAAGCACUUUCUACGACCUCUACAAGUGUGAACACCACCACUACGCCCUCUGGCCCCAGCCCUGGUUCCAAUGGAGCCCUGUCACAGGAGGCCAUCACCGCCAUCAUCGUGGUUUUCUCUCUCCUGGCUGCCCUGCUCCUGGCUGUGGGUCUGGCCCUGCUGGUGCGGAAGCUACGGGAGAAGAGGCAAACGGAGGGCACCUACCGGCCCAGCAGUGAGGAGCAGUUCUCCCACGCAGCUGAGGCCCGGGCUCCCCAGGACUCCAAGGAGACGGUGCGGGGCUGCCUGCCCAUCUAG